AUGACGAGGAGAAUGUUGACGAUAAGAGAUCAUUCAGCAGAGACAUGUUGCAUGUGCUACCUCUUGUUACGUAUACUGAAGGUAAAUCCGGACAGAUUAAGCACUCAGGAUACAUUCAGUAUACGUACACGAAGUUGCAUCCAAUCACCAGUUUGUCAUAAAACACUUUAUCUCAUCAUCAUCGUACAGAUGCCAGAUACUCACUGCAAAGAAAAAGAAAAAGGAGAAAUGUGCUUUAAAAUCAUGAACAAGAAGACUCGAUGA